CUACAGCUGUGUACUUGUGUAAGCGGACGAUGCAAAACAAAGCGAGGUUGGAGCUGGCAGACUACGAGGCGGAGAAUUUGGCCCGACUACAGAAGAUGUUUAGCAGAAAGUGGGAAUUUAUUUUCAUGCAGGCGGAGGCUCAGAGUAAGGUGGACAAAAAGCGGGAUAAGCUGGAACGGAAGGUCCUCGACUCACAGGAACGGGCAUUUUGGGAUGUGCACAGACCCAUGCCGGGCUGUGUCAACACCACAGAAAUUGAUAUAAAGAAAGCGUGUCGAAUGAAUAAACCAAUCAAGUCAACCAAACACCUUGCCCUUGGUGUAGCUGGAGGUCGAAUAUCUCCUUCAGUCUCUGAGGCAGACCUCACUAGUCCGGUCGAAUCCCUUAAGCACGACAUCGACCUUCUCAAAACUAGAGUCGACCGGUGUAACUUCAAAGUGUCUAAAGCAGCAGAGUCAUUCAUCAGCUACUGGGAACAGUACCAGGAAUAUGACCCUUUCAUCACACCUACAGAUCCACCCAACCCCUGGGUUGCUGAUUGCCCAGAUUUCUGGGAAGCAGAGAAAAUAGCUAAGGAAAUCCCGACGAAGCGUGUAAGGCGGUGGGCCUUCAGUGUACAAGAGUUACUCAAAGACCCUCUUGGACGUGAGCAGUUUGUCAAAUUCCUGGAGAAGGAGUUCAGUGGAGAAAACCUAAUGUUCCUUACUGCAGUUCAGGAACUUAAGUGCCUCCCACAAAAGGACGUCCAUGAUAAGGUCCAAGCUAUCUGGGACGAGUACCUUGCCCCAAAUGCUCCUGUACCAGUAAACAUCGAUUCCAAGUCCAUGAAUAUUACAAAGAAAAACAUGCAAAACAGAGAUCGUUGGACCUUUGAUGCAGCAGCUGCACAUUUGUAUCACCUAAUGAAGUCUGACAGUUAUUCGCGGUAUCUGCGCUCAGAAAUGUACAAAGAAUUCCUCAGUGGUAGCCGGAAGAAGUUGAGUUGGUUCGGGGGUGUCCAUAUUGUGAACCAGCAACCCUAGGCAAGAAGCAAGUGUAGUAUCCACUCUGCUACCACCAUAACCAGAUGCUGGCUUAGCCUGUAUUUAAACAAAUUCAGUCUUGGUGCUGAGAAAUCCUUAACGUUUAGGCUAGAUCAGCACUGAUGUAUGUUAAGAUACAGUACUGUACCAUAAAGAUCCUGUGUAUAGUGAGUAUAAUCAGUUCCUGCUAGUGCACAGAAAGUCCACAAAGUGAGGAACCUUCUGAAUAGUUUAUGAGCUGUCUGCGACUCUUAACAUACUUUGUCAUGUAGUAUAGAGUGUUAUUUACAGGUCACUGUCAUUUUAAAGGUGUGUGACACCUAGUAAAUAUACCAGUGAUCAGCUACUUAACAGUGGAGGUUAUGACUGACUUUUGUUAUCAAGGCAACUUGAUGACAGUAUCAAAUUAUGAGCUUCAAUCCUGUUUUAAAAUAUUGUACCAUGAAAUACUCAGUUUCCCUCAUACGUACAAUACCUUAGAAUCAAUAAGAAGCCACUUAGGAUAUUCAAAUUUAUGAUAGCUUCCCGAGACCAUGAGUGACAGAUCUAGGAUUUUUUAAGAGGGAGGGUUUACAAAACAUCCAUUGCCAAAUCACACCAGUAUUUUUUACUGUCAGAAUUCAGAAGACAAACAAUAAGCAGCCAUUCAUUCCAUUAGAUUAUUUUUUUUUAAGUGUUUUCCAUAAUUGAAAUAAUUUUAAGGAGAAGAUAAGAUUAUAUACAUAUAUAUAUCUAUUUUUUUUAUUAUAUGAAAGUGACCCCCUCCCACCACUGGUUCAGGUUAAAGUGGAUUCACAGCUGCCUCUAAUGAGAUACUGUACUCCUUAACUCUGCUCAGUUCUUCUUCCACAGACCACUCACUGGUAGCUUCUUUGGGGGUAAUAUAAAGGAAUCUUCUUUGAAAAUUUAACUUUUAUAACCUAGUCCACUAAUAGAAUAUCUCAGGCCAGCUCAAUUUACCCUCUGGCUGGCUGAUGACAAAGGUUGUGUCAAUAAGAACCGAACAGUUCCCAGACUCCUUCACGUCAUCUUGUAUCAUGCACAGCCGUCAAUUUUUUUAAAAAGAACUCGUUAUUGAUCCUGCAACUUUAUUAAAUUUAAAAUCCCAAACCCAAUUUUGGACAGAAGCCACAAGGCAGCAUUAUUGGCCAAUAAGUGGGUGAGAUUUGCCCAACUAUAAAUAAUGUGAAAGGGCUAUAAGAUAAUGUAUAGAUCUUGAAAAAACAGUACAGUACCUGGCAGACCCUUGUUAUGGAAGGACUAGUUUUCUAUUUUAAAUUUUGAUUGCACUGUGGGUGAGACCAAGAGUUACUUAUUAAACACCCUUGUGAUGGGGAGCAUUAAGGUAUAAUUUUUACAGUUUCUGGUUAUCUCUUCUUGUUGUAUUUUGUGAAGAAGAUUUGUUGAUAAAUCAUCUUGUAAGUUCUUAUCUAGGAAUACCUUUCUCAAACAUACCUUUUCCAAAAGUUUUUGGUGAGUGUGGACACUCUUGGGAGACCCGCCCUUUUUUCAAAAUCAUGUUUUAGUACUCCUCAUUCUAUGGUCGAAUAACCCAUCAGUGUUUGGAUACUUAGACUUGCUUCAAUGAGGCUUACUUCUCUAAUUGAUAGAGGAUAUAUUAAUCUCUGUAAAGUUAAACAUGAAUUUCUGUGUAAGGUGUACAAAUAUGGGCAAGUAUGAGAUUCAGAAUUUUGUGUGGCAGAACUCUUUUGUACACUAAUGUGAAUCAGAUAGAGAAGAUAAGAUUAGAAAUGGGAAUUUCAAUCCAUUACUGUAUUGGCUAAAAGUUGUUAUUCUACCUCUUUUCCAUUUUAAAGCUGUACUUUACAUUAAGAGAUACACUUGAUAACAAGCUGCCAUUGGUCUCAGUGUGGAAGUAGCAAGCAACUCUCAAAUAAGUUGUGACAUUUUCUUCACUGGUCAUGUUUUUUCUGUGGCCAUAAAAGAGGGGAUUUCAAAAGUUCAGUCUUCUUUUUUUUUUUU